GCUGCUCUCAUCCUGCAGAGGAGUCGACACGAGAUUGCUCGGUUUUGCCCCACAAACCACGGAAGGUCGGCUUAGACUAGAGGAUAGUCCGGGUGCAGGAAGGCACCGAGUGGUGCCAACCCGUGUCGGAAACUUCCUCCGCUUCCUCGAUCGCUCAGUGGGAAUCACCUGCGCUAGAUGGGAAACGGCAGGUCCGGAGGGUGUAUGUGUGGGGGUGAGCAGAGGACUGCCUGCAGGGGGAGGAGUUUGCGGGCGUUGGGCGGGGCCAGCCCCAGCCCUCCUUUCCACCCACCUGUGUCUGCUGUAGUCCGGACCUCUCGACGGCGAAAACAGCGGCAGCGGCAGCCCAAGCGAGAGAAGAGGCGUCGUUGAGGGGCCCGUCCAGUUCAGCUGGCCUGCAGCCCACCUUCCUGGCGAUGGAGCCCCCUACUUUAGCCAGUGGGGACCCCUCCGAGACCGCCCGCCUGGUGGGCAGCCAAAGCGGCCGCAGCUCCAGUAGUCUUCGCCUGAAGAGUUUGUUUGCAGGUUCUCAAGAUGUCUUUCCCAACCUGCCCUCAGAAAAUGGCCAUGCAAAUAUAUCCAUGGUGGGACUCAAGAUGGAGCCAUGUGUGGUCCCCCACUGUCAUCUUAUGCCAUGCUCCACCACUCAAAGUCAACAGAAACGUCAGGCUCAGCGGAAACUCAGCAUUGCCUGUCUGGUCUGCUUUCUCUUCAUGGUUGGAGAAGUUAUAGGUGGAUACCUGGCACAUAGCCUGGCCAUCAUGACAGAUGCAGCCCACCUGUUGACAGAUAUGGGCAGCAUGGGUGUCAGCCUCUUUUCACUCUGGGUCUCUACUCGCCCAGCCACCAAAACCAUGAGCUUCGGCUGGCACCGCUCAGAAACCCUGGGUGCCUUGGCUUCUGUCUUCUCUAUCUGGAUCGUUACAGGAGUGCUGGUCUACUUAGCUUCAGCCCGCAUAAUUAGCAACGACUAUGAGAUUGAAGCUUCUGUGAUGCUGGGCACUUCAGCCUGUGCAGUGGGAGUGAACAUCAUCAUGGCCUACCUUCUGCAUCAGUCAGGCUCUGCACACAGUCAUGGAUUCAGCACAAGAGACUAUGAACAGAUUGAGGACAGCCCUCGUGGCCCCUCCAUUCCCACCCAUGACAACACCAGUGUCCGAGCAGCUUUUGUACAUGUGGUGGGGGACCUACUUCAAAGCAUUGGGGUCUUUGUUGCUGCCACUGUCAUCUAUUUCAAGCCCCAAUGUAAGAUUGCUGACCCAGUGAGUACUUUCCUCUUCUCAGUCUUUGUGCUGGGCUCCACUUUAACCAUCCUUCGUGAUGUCUUUCGAGUACUGAUGGAAGGGACACCACGAGGUGUGGAGUUCCAAGCAGUGAAGGAAACCCUGCUCUCUGUCAAAGGUGUGAAGCAGGUCCACAAUCUGCACCUUUGGGCUUUAACGCUCAGCCAUCAUGUUGUGGCUGUACACUUAGCUGUUGAAUCUGAUGCUGACAUGGAGGUUGUGCUACAAGAAGCCACAGCUCUGCUACAAAGCAAGUUUGGCUUCUUCUCAUGCACCAUUCAGGUGGAGCACUACCUGGAUGACAUGGUCACCUGCCACCAGUGCCAGGACCCACAGGACUAAGGGGAAAGUGCUACCCUGCCUACUUUUCUUCAACUGCCAGUCCCAGGUGGUGCCUGGAAAUCCAGGGCCAGAAGCAGGGACCAGCCUCUUUUGCCAUUCAUAGCAAAAGCCUCCUCCCAAUGCAUGUUUAACCAGCAUAUGCAGGAAAUGGCAGAGCACCAGGGAUAAUUGUCUGCCCAGCCAAGGAAGUCUCCAUGGAAGAGUUGCUGGUGGUUGAGCAUCGUUCCAAGCUCAGCCUUGCCUCUUCAUACUGCAUUCCAGUCAUGUGGGGCCCCAACGGUUUCCCAUGUUCAUUUGCUAAUUGUAUUGAUGUACAAAUCCAACAGAAAUGGGGAUCUGGUGCCAAGGCCUUUAAACAUCUUUGCUCUGAGAUGAAAAGCUGUCAUUUUUUUCAAUCUGGGUAGCUUGGUGCUUGUUCAGGGCUUUUAUUGUGACCAUCUCUGUGUUUGCAUGUGCUGCAGGAAUAACAAAACUUUUCAAAAUGAAUGUGAAUGAUGAAAGCAUGGGUGGAGCAACAUUAUUCCACUCCACCGCCUAUUGUGACUAAUACCGCAAAAGUAGAACAAGCCCAAUUUUGCCUGCAGAACAAAGGAGCAACAAAAUUAGUCACAAAAAUGUCUUCUGUCCCAAUGUUCUCACCAUCUCACCCCAGCUGAAGUUAUCUUUAUUCCUUUUCCUGGAGAAAAGUUGAUAUUUGCAUAGCUUUGCUGUAUAAACCAAGCUUUAAAAAGUCAGUUCUCAUGGAAGUCAAUCUCGACUCCUGGUGACUCCAUGGAUCCAUCUGUGUCAUUUUCUUAGCCACAGUAUAGAAAUGUCUGUUUUCUUUCAGGAUUUUUUUUUCAUGUUUUCUAUGGUAUUCACAGGAGGCUUCUCAUCUAAAUAACGAACAGAACUGACCUCAAAACCUAUGCACAUAUAGACACUACCAUGCUAUGACAGCCAGGAUGCUGUAUUCGCUUACAGAUUAUGGUGACCUAAGCCUCACUUGGAGGAGCAAAAGUGUAGAUUCUCAAAACUAUCCUAUUGGAUUUGUUGUUCUAUUGAUCUGAACAAGAAAAAUAGGAAUUAAGUGCAGACUGGUGAUAAUGUUGUUAAUAUAAUAUUAAUAUACCAAAUGAAAGGAUGCCUGAAGAACCAUUUGACUUGGAAGGCUACAGUUACUAUCCAUUUUUAAGAUUCAGGGAAGAUUGUGGGGGGAAUGGGAAAAAAAUAUUAAGGUCAUUGCAGCUGCUCUUUAACAGGCAGGCACAUCUCAGCAGCAAGUGAAAUCACCUACCUCCAGACUCCAUCUAGCAUGACAGAGUAAAAUAGCUGGUUAGUUGAGAAUGUUUACUUUAGUCCCCAUGGCAGUUUGUUUUUUCUGCAAAGUAGCUCAAGGUACCCAUGUGUUCUCCAGGCAGCUACCACUAGAGCUUCUCUUGAACCUCCAAAAACCUUGCUGAAGAGACCAACCCUCCCUCCCUCCCAUAGUCCAAAGUUAAAGCAAAUUGCAGGAUACAUUAUUGAAAAGAUGUCAAUGUUCUAUUCCCAACCUAAUAGUGGAGUCUAAAAGUAUCCUUUUGACUGUUCACUAGCAAUUGGUAUCAGAAACGUACUGUUUUCCGAUACCGGUGGUUAAAGAAGUUAAAGCUGCUCCUCACAGCUACUGUUCCAGAGGCCAAGUAAAGGGCCCCAAAAUCUUAGUGACCAAUAGAAAAAGCUUUCUGCUACUGCUAUCUGAACUUGUUGCCACACUACCACCAUAUGCUUAGCCCAAGUCAUUUUUGCAUUCACAAUUUGAGUCUAUUAUUUUGUUUUGUGUAUUUCUGUGUAGUGUAUGUAUAUUUUUUUACUGUAGUGUUUUUUACAGUGUGUCCAGAUGGUAUUUUAACUAUUUUAAUCCAAUGCUGAAAAUAUCUGCGAUUCCAAUAAAGUAACCUGCU